GUGAAAGAAUCUAGGAGAGAAAAAUAAAUAAAAAAUUGAAUUUAUGUGGCUGGGCAAGAACAAUUUGUACUUUGGUGCAACCUUGGAACAUUAAUUGAUUAUUGGUGGAGUAACUGGUGGACGAGGAAGACCCAAAGGAAAUCUCUGGAACUUUCUAGGUGCAGAGCACGACGACAUAGAUCUUUCACUUACAAACCUUUCUUACAACAUAAAAACUACGAGAACUUCCUCCACCUCCCGCAUCGUUCAACAUUCACAUUUAGGUUUCAAUUGUUCCAAGCAAAAAUGUCAAACGAUGCCGUUUGCUUCUAUUCGGUGCUUGGGAUUGGCAAACAUUCCAGCGAUGGUGAAAUUCGAUGCGCUUAUCGUAGGAUGGCUCUGAAGUGGCAUCCUGAUAGAUGUAGCAAGGACCCAAAGUUUGCACUGGAGGCAAAAAAACAGUUUCAGCACGUUCAAGAGGCUUAUUCAGUUUUGUCCAACACGGGGAAGAGAAGGAUAUAUGAUGCUGGUUUGUUUGGUCUAAUUGGAGACGACGAUGAUGAGGGGUUUGUUGAUUUCAUGCAAGAAAUGGUUUUGAUGAUGCAGAACGUAAGACCCAAGGAUGAGAAAGGAACAAUGGAGGAUCUACAAGGACUGUUAAGGGAUAUGAUGAUGAAAGAAAAUGAAGGAAUAGGGAAGCCUGGGUUUAGCUGUAAUUCAUCUCCAUGUCCAACAAAGAGGACACGUAUUUCAUGAUUUCCUCUUUCAAUUAAUUAUAACUUAUUUUUAUCACCACAUUCUAUCAA